AUGGUUGGAGGACAUCCUCUCUUUGAAGGGACAGAAAGUGUGAGGGCUUUUCCUGCAAGUUCUUCCCUAUCUCAGGAUGUAUUCACAGCACAUUCUACUGUUAUUGUUGAGAAUUACAUGCGUGAAAGGGAAAAGAACUGGAUGUCUCCACCCAAUGAAAAUGUUAUAGUUAACAGUCCUUUUAGACCUUGGUGGGAAAGAUAUCAACCAAUUAGUUAUAAAAUAUGCACAAGAUCUGGAAAUGAAGAUGAAUUCAGAGACAUGGUGACAAGGUGCAACAACAUUGGUGUCCGUAUCUACGUGGAUGCUGUAAUUAACCACAUGUGUGCUGAGAGUGGAGGUUCAGGGACAGGCAGUACUUGUGGAAGUUACUUCAAUGCUCAGAACAGGCAGUUUUCUGCAGUUCCAUACUCAGCUUGGGAUUUUAAUGAUGGUAAAUGCAAAACUUCAAGUGGAGGCAUUGAGACCUAUAGUGAUGCUUCUCAGGUCAGAGAUUGUCGUCUGAGUGGCCUUCUUGAUCUUGCACUUGGAAAUGAUUACGUUUGUACCAAGGUCGCUGAUUGUAUGAACAAUCUCAUCGACAUUGGAGUAGCAGGGUUCAGACUUGAUGCUUCUAAGCACAUGUGGCCUGGGGACAUCAAGGCAGUUUUGGAUAAACUGCAUAAUCUAAACACAAAGUGGUUUGCUUCAGGAAGCAAACUUUUCAUUUUCCAAGAGAACAAACACACUAAACUUUUUAUCACAAUAGGCUCUAUGGAUGUGCAGAUUUUUAGGCUAAUGUAUAAAAUGGCAGUUGGAUUUAUGCUUGCUCACCCAUAUGGGUUUACACAUGUGAUGUCGAGCUACCGUUGGCAAAGAAAUAUUCAGAAUGGACAAGAUGCUAAUGAUUGGAUUGGGCCACCCAAUAAUAAUGGAGCAACUAAAGAAGUAACCAUUAAUGAAGACAGUACUUGUGGCAAUGACUGGGUCUGUGAACAUCGAUGGCGUCAAAUAAGGAACAUGGUUAUCUUCAGAAACGUAGUUGAUGGCCAGCCUUUUUCAAACUGGUGGGAUAAUGGUAGCAACCAAGUGGCCUUUGGAAGAGGAAACAGAGGCUUCAUUGUCUUUAACAAUGAUGACUGGUCAUUUUCAUCCACUUUGCAAACUGGCCUUCCUGCUGGCACAUAUUGUGAUGUCAUUUCUGGAGAUAAAGUUAAUGGCAAUUGUUCUGGACUUAGGGUCACUGUUAACAGUGAUGGCACUGCCUAUUUCUCUAUUAGUAACUCUGCUGACGACCCCUUUAUUGCAAUUCAUGUUGAUUCAAAAUUAUAA